CUAGGAAUGUGAAAACCAAAAAAAAGCCCCGCCAAACAAAAUACUCGGAAAAACGAAGUAGAUAAUAGAUCGCUUCCCAAUAGCGUCCGCAUUCCGCUUCUCAAAUACCAUACACAAAUUCAUAAAAAAUAAACACAUCUCCAAUCAGAGCUUUCCAAAUGAGCGAAAACGGCACAAAGGGCGCUGUUGCGCCUGAGGACCGCGUGGUCAUUGGCAUCACUUUUGGCAACUCCAACAGUUCGAUUGCCUACACCGUCGACGACAAGGCCGAGGUCAUUGCGAACGAGGAUGGAGACCGUCAGAUCCCCACGAUACUAUCAUACGUCGAUGGCGAGGAGUACUAUGGCGCUCAGGCCAAGGCUUUCCUCGUCCGCAACCCCAAGAACACCAUCUCCUACUUCCGUGACUUUCUCGGCCAAGACUACAAGUCUAUCGACCCUACCCACUGCCAUGCAUCAGCACACCCGCAAGAAGCGAGCGGUGCUGUUUCAUUCACCGUGAAGGAUAAGGAGGGCGACGAGGAGUCAACGGUCCCCGUUUCAGAGGUCGCCACCCGUUACCUGAAAAGGCUGACAGGGUCUGCUUCCGAUUACCUUGGCAAGAAGGUCACUUCGGCCGUUAUCACGGUCCCGACCAACUUCAAUGACAAGCAGCGUGAGGCCCUGAUUGCUGCUGCCAACGCUGCCGAUAUCGAGGUCCUUCAGCUUAUUUCGGAGCCCACUGCUGCGGUUCUGGCUUAUGAUGCCCGUGAGCAAGGAGUUUCGGACAAGAUCGUUGUGGUCGCCGAUCUGGGCGGCACCAAGUCCGACGUAGCCGUUCUUGCCUCGCGCGGUGGCAUGUACACCAUCUUGGCAACGGCCCACGAUUACGAGUUUGCCGGUGUCGCUCUCGACAAGGUACUCAUGGACCACUUCGCCAAGGAAUUUAUGAAGCGCCACGCCGGUGUCGACCCGCGCUCCAACCCCAAGUCGCUCGCCAAGCUGCGUCUGGAGUCGGAGAGCACCAAGAAGUCUCUCAGCUUGGGUUCCAACGCCUCGUUCAGCGUCGAGUCGCUGGCUGAGGGCUUCGAUUUCUCUUGCACGAUCAACCGCCUGCGGUACGAGACUCUUGCCCGCUCCGUCUUUGAGGGUAUCAACCGUCUUGUUGAGAGCGCCGUCAAGAAGGCCGGUCUUGACGUUCUCGACGUUGACGAGGUCAUCCUUGCUGGUGGAAGUGCACACACACCGCGCAUUGCUUCCAACCUGGGCAACAUCUUCCCCGAGUCUACCAAAAUCCUUGCCCCGAGCACCACCCCGACUGCCAUCAACCCCAGUGAGCUGCAGGCCCGUGGUGCUGCGCUGCAGGCUAGCCUUAUCCAGGAGUACGAGGCCGACGACAUUGAGCAGAGCACGCACCCUGCCGUCACCACGGUCAAGCACAUCACCAACGCCAUCGGCAUCGUCACGCUGGAGGGUGACGCCGAGAACUUCACACCUGUUGUCGCACCUGAGACGGCAGUGCCUGCUCGCCGCACCGUCAGGGUCGCCGCCCCCAAGGAUGGCGGAGAUGUCCUGAUUCGUGUUGUCGAGGGUGGCACCCACAUCAAGGUCACCCAGCCUGAGCCCAAGCCCCAGAAGGCCAAGGCCAAUGGCGUCCAGGUUGAGGACGCCAAGGAGAGCGACGAGGACUCGGACGAUUCCGACGAGGAGUCCGAGGAGGAGGAGGAGAAGCGCGAGAAGGUCUGGAAGAUGGGUGACGUGCUUGCCGAGGCGGCUAUCAGGGGCGUCAAGAAGGGUGGCCAGGUCGAAGUCACGAUACAGGUCAUGGCCGACCUUGGCGUCACUGUCACUGCGAGGGAAGUAGGCGCCCAGGGUGGUGUCAGGGGUACAUUGUGAUGAUUGAAGUUAUGAUUAUUCUAGACUUUUGCUGAGGUGUCCUGCUGAAGGAAAAAAAAAAAUUAAGAUUACAAAGUUAUAAACUGGAGAGUUCCUUUUUUUCGCCUUGGGGGGAGCUUAUAGAUUUAUGAACGCGAUACACAGGCAUAUAUGAGGCCGUAAUGGACCUUUCGUCAAGCUA